AUGGAGCAGCAGACCCCAAACUCGGGCGUCACCAAGCUCCAAAACGCAGCUACUUCUACUCUACUCUACUACUAUUUUGGCUUUAGGUUCCUGACAGUUGACGCACGCGGGGGCAGCGUGUUGGAGCUCGUGAAGACUGCAUGCGUGUGCAUUGUCACCAAGCAGGGCCCAAACGCACGACUGCGGCUGCCCACGGCGGCACACAACGGGGGCCGCUGGGGCCCACUGCCCCUGCACAGUGGGGCGCCUGCCCUGCAGGGGCGUGUUCAGGGAAGCGGCCCAACGCUGGACGGGUCCUUGGAGGCAUUGCCCCUGGUAUACAAUGCAUCCUCCCGACAGAUACUAUUACGAGGGGGAAAUGGCACUGCCUCUGAAGAGACUCUUCAAGCCCCAGAUACUUCGUCCUUGGCCAGUAGCCUCUCGUCUGCGAGCACGGAGCUGUCGGCCUGCCCCUCCGACGAACUCGACGGCCCCAGGGGCAGGACUGGUCUCUCGGGUAUAUUCUCUAAGGGCCUCCUGUCAUGGAAGGUGAAAGGCGGUGCAGGCGAUAGCUUGCCUCGAGGUUCGUCCCCAGUGCGCUCCGACGGUUGCUGUGUUCCGAGCUCAACCACAGCACUCAUUCUUGAGCAGAGACCAGCGCAUCUGCCAGCCAAGUGUCCUGAGGAAGAGCUGCGUCAUCGUCAGCAGUAUGAAGCAAUGGUGAAAGCUGCACGGCAGAAGGAACUGAAAGAUGCCCAAGCCCGUCGAAAGCAGGAAGAACGGCGCAGACAGCAAGAGGAGGAGGUCGCAAACGCAACCCGAGUUUGGGUCGCGCAGGUGCUUCCGGUGUGGGACACGACCCACACCACUCGCCGCACUCGAGAUCUGUGGUGGCAGGGAAUUCCGCCGAGCGUCCGCGGCCGUGUCUGGAAGUUGGCCAUCGGGAACGACCUUAACAUCACGGCCGAGCUGUACGAGAUUUGCGCAUCGAGGUCGCGCGAGAUCUGGCGGAAGGGCAAGACUUCGGACGAAGGUGGACCGCUCGCACGCGAGAGCUCGGCCCAUCUCAUACGUCUCGACGUAUCGCGGACUUUUCCACAGCUGGGUAUCUUUCAAGAGUGUGGGCCAUACUUUGACGUUCUACACUGCAUCUUGGGAGCCUACGUCGUCUACAGGCCAGAUGUUGGCUAUGUCCAGGGGAUGUCGUUCCUAGCGGCCAUGCUGUUGCUCAACUUGGACGUGGUGGAUGCGUUCGUCUGCUUUGCUAACCUGCUCAACCGUCCCUGCCAGCUAGCUUUCUUCCGUGUAGAUCAGGCCCAGAUGAAAGCGUACUAUGCACUGUACGACGACUUUUUCCAAGAAAACCUUCCGCAGCUGUUCCUCCACUUCAAGGACCAGAGCCUCACGUCAGACCUCUACCUCGUGGACUGGAUCUACACGCUCUACAGUCGAUCUCUACCGCUGGACGUUGCGUGUCGUGUUUGGGACGUGUUUCUGCGUGACGGCGAAGAGUUUCUUUUUCGAUCGGCACUUGGGAUCUUGCGUCUGUACGAAGAAGUGCUGCUGGGCAUGGACUUCAUCCACCUAGCCCAAUUCCUAACGAAGCUCCCGGAGGAUCUGGGCUCGGAAGUGCUUUUCGAAGCAAUCGCCGCCAUCCACAUGUGCGUCAACAGGAAGUCCUUUAUGCAGAUCUUGGCUCAACACCGGGACGCCAUUAGCUAGGGGUCACCAUGUCUCGAUAUGGGCUGAGGUGCUGGGCUCUUUCACGCUGCUUUCACACACAUUCCACAUUACGUGCUACACUCCCAGACAUUGUCAAGAAUUCUUUUUGUACCGAAUUUGGAGGCAACUCGUGUUUGUUUGGCACUCCAUUGAACCGAUACCUUUUUACACCCGUUCAGUGAAACCAGCGGUACUUGGGGAAAGGCUUCAAACAACACGUGGCAUCAUUUCAAAAGUGCAUACUACAUGGAGUUGAUUCCUGUUGAAUCAAGUAUCACUUUUUGGCAUAUCAAAACACAGGGAUUGGCAUUGAAAAACGUGACAGAUUUAUAGUAGAAGAAAGAUGGUAUGCCCGUAAUGUACACCUACAGGAACUGUCAGGGUAUGCGUGUCGAGACUCUUCCCAAGUGACCAUCGUACCCAGUAUCGAGGCAUUCUAGACUGUGGUAGUAGCCAUAGGAUUUUCUGUCCACACCUGUGGAAGUGGCGACGUCAGAACUGUCCGCAAACAUCCAAGAUGUCCACUUCUAGUCAGCGCUGGCAGUUUGUGUUGUGGGACGACAGUUACAGUUCUUCACCUGGUGCAUGUACUCUGGCCUCCAGAGAUGUCCAAAGGACUGCGCCCCUCCUUACUCAUAGUUACGGUAUUCUCAUUCGCUCCAUGUUUACUCUCCUUAGGAACUCCUUAGUGGCUCCUUUGGCCACCGUUCAAGGUUUGUACAGCUUUUGCAGGGUUAGCUGUGGAUCUGCGUAAACAGUAUUUUUAUACACUCUGA